AUGUCGACGCAACCGUUAAGCGCUUAUAAAAUUUUGGAUCUUUCACGAGUACGUGCAGGACCAACAGCUGUUCGACAAUUAAGUGAUUGGGGCGCUCAAGUGAUUAAAGUUGAAAUACCAAAAGAUCAAUCCGAUGGCGAUGACGCAACAGACAGAUCCGAUUAUCAAAAUAUACAGCGUAACAAACGUUCCAUAGCAAUUAAUCUCAAAGAUAAGGAUGGGCUACAAAUAUUGAAACAACUUGUCGAAACAGCAGAUGUGUUUAUUGAAAGUUUUCGACCUGAUGUUAAAUUUCGUCUUGGGAUUGAUUACGAAACACUAAAGCAAAUCAAUCCUCGAUUAAUCUAUGCUUCUUUAUCGGGUUUUGGUCAAACAGGUCCAUACAAGAAUCGGCCUGGCUACGAUCAAGUCAUACAAGGUAUGGCUGGUCUUAUGUCUAUAACAGGUCUACCAGGCCAAGGACCAGUUCGUGCUGGCAUUCCUAUUGCUGACCUUUCAACUGGUUUACUUCUUGCCAACGGUAUCUUAAUUGCAUUGUUAGAACGGCAUUCGUCAGGACAAGGACAAUAUAUCGAGACGUCAUUACUUGCUGGACAAAUUUUUAUGUUAGAUUUACAAGCAGCCCGUUAUCUUAUCGAUGGCGAAGUGCCGCCGCAAGCGGGUAAUCAUCACCCGACUACGAUUCCAACUGGUACAUUUCAUACACUUGAUGGGCAUAUUACGCUGGCGGCAUCGACUCAAUUGGAAUUUCAACGUUUAUGCAAAAUAUUAGAUCGCGAAGACUUAGCAUCGAGUAGUGAUUAUCUUACACCUAAGAAACGUUCACUCAAUCGAGAAAAAUUAAAUAAUGAACUGGAGACUAUUUUAAUGGGAAAGCCAAGCCAGUAUUGGAUUGAAGAAUUGAAUAAAGCGGGCAUCGCUUGUGGACCAAUCAAUCGAGUCGAUGAAACGUUUGCAGAUCCGCAAGUAAAACAUUUACAACUCACAGCUCGAGUUGAGCAUCCACGCCGUGGUCCAAUUGAUGUUGUCGGCCAGCCUAUCACAAUGAGUCGAUCUCAAUGGUUGGUUCAUCGACCCGCACCUCGAUGUGGAGAGCAAACACGCGAAAUCCUUAAUGAACUCGGAUAUAAAACCGACGAGAUCGAAGAUUUCAUCAAUCGACAUGUUGUAUAUAGUUGCUCUUAG